UUUUUUUCAUGCUGGGUUUGUGGCCCGUUGAACAACGCGUUCGAAAUGGUCCACGUUCAUUCCUCCAUAUAAGUAGGGAAAUGCUUUAGGAUAGACUAAAAUAUUUGCAGUUGUGUCGUUCUCGCUCUCUCACGUUUUCUUCUGUAAGGGGGAAAGAGGGAGGAAAGCAAAGCUCACUGAUCGGGCGAAGCAAAAGGAAGAAGAAAGAGAGUUGGAAGGGUAGGGAUGGGUGGUGUGGAAUGGAGGAAGUGGUACAUGGACGUGAUGCUUGUGCCCUUGGGGUUCCUGGUGAUGAUAGGCUACCAUGUCUGGUUAUGGCACAAGGUCCGCACCCACCCUCUCUCCACCAUUAUCGGCACUAAUGCUCGUGCCCGCCGCUUCUGGGUUUCUGCCAUGAUCAAGGACAACGAGAAGAAGAACAUUCUAGCGGUACAGACGCUGAGGAACACGAUAAUGGGGUCGACGUUGAUGGCAACGACAUCAAUACUUCUGAGCACAGGGCUAGCAGCGGUGAUAAGCAGCACGUACAGCGUGAAGAAGCCUUUGAAUGACGCGGUAUAUGGGGCACACGGGGAGUUCACGGUGGCCCUCAAGUAUGUCACUCUCCUCACGCUCUUCCUCUUCUCCUUCCUCUGCCACUCCCUCUCCAUCUGCUUCAUCAACCAGGUCAACAUCCUCAUCAACUCCCCUCAGGACAGUGAUGAGACGGUGUCGCCGGAGUUCGUGGCGGCGCUGCUAGAGAAGGGAUUUGUGCUCAACACAGUCGGGAACCGCCUCUUCUACUCGGGCCUGCCGCUGCUGCUGUGGAUAUUUGGGCCGUUCCUCGUCUUCCUAUGCUCUCUCACUCUCGUCCCCAUCCUCUACAACCUUGAUUUUGUCUUCCUCAAAUCAGAUCACUCCAAGCCCAACCCCAAAUCCAUCAGCAAUACUAGCGCCACAAGCGUAACCAUCACCAGCACCCACUUUGCAUGACCCAACCUUUCCUACUAAUCCACUACUUAUGGAAAAUUGGAUUUAUGUGUUCA